GUCCGAACCCAGCCCGGAUCAUCGGGCUCGGUUCGGGUAUCCAUGCCUUACUGUGUAUAUACGGAACACAGGGAUUUUCUACCCAGAAGAUAUUGUAAAUAAACAUUGUGAUUUGGUCUAUAUUUAGUACAUGCGUGAUGUGAAACCAAAAGCCGGUUCACUCGUCUCACCCACGCUGCAGCCUGUGUGUUUAAAGGAGGGCAGGCUACAAGGUCAUAUGCUGGUUGGGGGAAGAAAAACGGAAAAAGAGGAGCUAUUCUCACUGAGACCUGCCCCUUCACUCUCUUUCCUCCUAUCCCUGAGCUCCCAGGCUCACACAGAGCACAUGGCUGCAUGAUUUUGAAACCACCCUCCCAUAGAAGGACAAUCAAAGUGUCAUGGUGGUGCUGGAAGCAUGUGCGCCUGUGCAGCCACUCCCAUGUCAAGUGCAGCAGAGACACGGAAGCAGAUUAUUGCAUACUUCUACAUUUCCUGAUUCCUGCCUCCAUCAUGUCGCUGCUGACUCACGUGCUGGCGUGCCUGUUCGGUAUGGGCUCCUGGGUGGCCAUCAACGGGAUGUGGGUGGAGCUGCCCCUGGUCGUACCGCAGAUCCCAGAGCACUGGUAUCUGCCAUCGUACCUCACAGUCAUUAUCCAAAUGGCCAACAUAGGUCCUCUCUUCAUCACUUUGAUGCACCGCUUCCGCCCAGGGGUGCUAGAUGAGCGGCCGGUCAUCUACUGCAUUGUAGGGUUGGGGAUCGUUGCUACAGUCCUGCUGGCUUUCUUCUGGAGGCACACGGUGACAAUAGGGGGCUCUUUGCACAGUGUGCCCCUGCUGGUGUUAAGCUUCCUGCUGUCUGUGGUGGACUGCACCUCCUCUGUUACCUUUCUGCCUUUCAUGAUGCGGAUGCGUCCACAGUACCUUACCACGUACUUUGCAGGUGAAGGCCUCAGUGGUCUGGUGCCCGCACUGGUGGCUCUGAUUCAAGGUGUUGGUGUAGCCCACUGUCAGAAUGACACUAUGGCUGAUGCAGCCAACACAACAGCUGAUAAUACCACCAUGGUUGGCAGUGGAGAGCUACAAGCCAUCUACCAGCCAGCUAAAUUCUCUGUCGAGGUAUUCUUUAUGUUCCUCAGUGCCAUGAUGGUUGUGUGCCUUGUAGCCUUCAUCCUACUCAACCAUCACCCAGCUGUGGCUCGAGAGAGAAACAACGACCUGUACUUCAGUGGUGAUCUGGCCCCUGGGAAGCGAGAACAAGGUCUGUCCCUGCACACCCAGACACCAGAGCAGAGGCCUAUGAUCAGCCCUCUGCAAGCCGUCAGGAGGGAAGCAAGGAGCUCUUUUGGUACGGGGACGUAUAGCAAUCUGGAGGUGGUGUUCAUCUUUGUUGUACUGGCUUGGGUCAAUGCUCUGACCAAUGCAGUGCUGCCCUCAGUCCAGUCCUACUCCUGUCUGCCCUACGGGAACAAGGCCUACCAUCUAGCUGCCACCAUGGCAGCUGUUGCUAACCCAGUGGCCUGCUUCAUCGCCAUGUUUGUGCCUAUUAGGUCUCUCAUCUUCAUGGGUUUCUUGGCCAUAAUUGGGACUGGAUUUGGAGCCUACAUCAUGGCCAUGGCUGCUCUUAGUCCAUGCCCCCUGCUGGUCCAUAGUGCCUCCGGAACUGCAGUCAUAGUGCUGACCUGGGUCCUGUUUGUCCUGACUCUGUCCUACGUGAAGGUGAUCAUUGGGGUGAUUCUGAGGGAUGAGGGCCACGUUUUAAUGAUCUAA